GUAAUCUUUCAGCGGUUUUGGUGUCAAUACAGCGUUGGUUAAAAUUCGCAAUUUCACAGAUUUAGAAAUAGUGUAAUCAAAUGAACGCUCAUUUUGGGAACAAGUAACUUUUAAACAUUUGCCAGGAACCGAUCAUUAAUCUUAUGCCACUGAUGUCUUGCACGAUCAAAUCGAAGUGAGCUGACCAGAAAAAUGAAUAUUUAAUACGUUUUUACCUGCCUGUUGUGCACGCAGUAAGUGCUCAUCUUUGUUAUGCAAAAAGCUGUUCUUCGUGUAGGUAAAUUAGCAAAAUGAAUUGUUAGCGUGACGCUUAAUUUUGAUUGGGCUAUUCUCGUGAAUGACAUCUCCGACUACCGUAAAAGAUUGCACAUAGCCCUAAAGAAUCAUUUCCAAUGGCGGAUUUUGAAAAUCGAGGUUACCGCUUGCUUGGAAGGUUCAUAGUUUCUUGACUUAAAUGAACUAAAGAGUGUUUUGAGAGGUCAGUUAUAGCGCAAUAUGACGUCGAAGGAAUAUCCGCCGAGAGUGGCCUCUGAAGUUGCCGUAGAUCCUCAUGCACUGGACGUUUUUCAUGCGCAAAUUGAAGAUGUUGAAAUUCAAGAUCAUCGUCAGGUCUAUGUUGGAGUUCAUAUUCCUCUUCGACAAAGGAAACAUCACCACCAUCAGCGGCAUCAUCACCACCGUCGCAGGCACAGGUCCCUACUGGAAUCCAAAGAUGAACUCUCAUCAGAUGCAGGGACACCAUCAUUGCCAACAGACAAAGUGCGCUUCAUUCUUGGUGGAGAAGAAGCUGACCAAGAGCAACACAAAAUGUUCACAGAAUUGCUGGAAUACCAGGGUGAUAAAGAGGGGAAUGAGGAGUGGAGGGAAAUGGCUCGGUGGUUGAAAUUUGAGGAGGAUGUGGAAGAAGGAGGAAAUCGUUGGAGUAAGCCGCAUGUCGGCACCCUUUCACUGUACAGUCUGUUUGAGUUGAGAAGUGCACUUUUGCGUGGAACAGUACUUUUGGACAUGAAUGCAAAUAAUUUAUCUCAAAUUGCUGAUCUUGUCCUUGAUGAUCUGGUGAAUAAAAAUCAAUUGGAUCAGGACAACAGGCAGCAAGUACGUGAUGCAAUCUUAAAAAAGAAGCGUCAUCAGGGAAACAAAACAACAAAGAAGAAGAACUCCAACCCAAUCAGUAGCUUUGGAUCAUUUGCAAAGAAAGGCUCAUCUGCAGGCUUUGGUGACAUGUUCAAAAGAUCUGAUUCAUCCCAUAAGACAACUGCUCCAAAGAAUUUAGAGGUGGUGAACGAGGAAGACAGAUAUGAUGGAGAGUUCCCACAUUUGCCAUCAGCUGCAGACUUGGUGGGAAAAGGGAAAGAGAGUGGUGUUAAUGGUGAUGCAGGUCUUAACAAGAUAGACUCCGAGACUUGCUUAGAAGCGUUUGAUGCCAACUUUAUGAAGAAGAUUCCCCAGGGUGCUGAGGCUUCCAAUGUCUUAGUUGGUGAGAUGGAUGUCAUAAAGAAGCCAGUGACAGCAUUUGUACGUCUGGAGAAUGCAUCACUUUUAGGUGACCUCACUGAAGUUCCAGUGGCAUCGAGGUUUAUAUUUCUCAUGUUAGGACCACCUGGUACACCAGGAAGGUACAUGGAAGUUGGACGUGCUAUUGGGACAUUGAUGUCAGAUGAGAUUUUCCACGAAGUAGCCUACAAAGCACAUUGCCGUGAGGAUUUGUUGGCUGGAAUUGAUGAGUUUUUAAUGCAGGUGACAGUGUUGCCACCUGGUGAAUGGGAUCCAUCCAUCCGCAUUGAGCCCCCAGAUGCUGUUCCAUGCCAGGGAAACCGUCUUGAGACUGUGAAGUCUGGAGGUGGUGGAGAAGUGGAAGAACAUGAUCCUGCAGGAGACAGAGAGGAACAACUUCAGAAAACAGGAAGGUUAUGUGGUGGUCUUAUAGCUGACAUUAGACGUCGUGCUCCUUGGUACUGGAGUGAUUUUAAAGAUGCCCUCAACCCUCAAUGCAUCGCAUCAAUCAUCUUUAUUUACUUUGCUUGUCUCACACCAAUUAUUACAUUUGGGGGUUUGAUGGGCACAAAGACAGGGAAGAACAUGGCUGCCAUGGAGCAAAUUCUUGCUGGUGGAAUUGGUGGAGUCCUCUUCUCCGUAUUUGGUGGUCAACCACUUAUUAUUCUGGGUGCCACUGGGCCUAUGUUAGUGUUUGAAGAAAUUCUUUAUACAUUCUGUGAUAAAUUUGGCCUCGACUACAUGCCGUUCCGUUUAUGGAUUGGUAUAUGGACGAUGUUGUACUGCUUUAUCCUCGUGGUAACAGAUGCUAGUGCCCUUGUGCGAUACUUCACCCGUUUCACAGAAGAGUCAUUUGCCACUUUAAUUGCGUUGAUCUUCAUUGUUGAGGGCUUCAAGAAGUUGUUCCAUGUAUUGCAUGAUAGCCCAGUGACUAAAGGUUACAUAACUAAUCAUAGCUGUUUAUGUUAUCCGGGCGAGGAAGAUUCAUCAGAUCAUCACAUGACAGACAGCUCGUCUUUCUACAACAUAACACCCCUGGACUAUCCUAUAGGAGACUGUGCAAGGUAUGGUGGUCAGCUUGUGGGUGCGGCAUGCAAUGAUAAUGUGUUUUUCCUGUCUGUCAUCCUUUCUCUCGGAACCUUCUUCCUGGCAGUCUCGCUGAAGGAAUUCCGUAGCAGCAGUUAUUUCCCAACAAAGGUCCGCUCAGUAAUCUCUGACUUUGCCAUCUUGAUCAGUAUCAUGGUUAUGGUUGGUGUGGACUUGGCAUUUGGUGUCAACACUCCUAAGCUUGACAUCCCAUUGAAAUUUGAGCCAACAAACAGUAAAGCCAGAGGAUGGAUAAUCCCACCUUUGGGUAAGAACCCUGUGUGGACCAUCCCUGCCGCAGCAAUCCCAGCCUUACUAGCCACUAUCUUAGUUUUCAUGGAUCAGCAAAUUACAGCACUGAUUGUAAACAGACGAGAACACAAACUCAAGAAAGGAGCAGGUUAUCAUCUUGAUCUUCUACUUGUGGCUAUUAUCAUUGGUAUAUGUUCAUUGCUGGGUUUGCCCUGGGUAGUAGCAGCCACUGUUCUGUCAGUCGGUCAUGUGCAGAGUUUGUUUGUAGAAUCUCAGUGCACAGCUCCUGGAGAGAAAGCACAAUUUCUUGGUGUGAGGGAGCAACGUAUCACUGGCACAUUCAUUUUCAUCUUGAUUGGCCUGACUGUGUUUAUUGCUCCUAUACUUAAGUUUGUUCCAAUGCCUGUUCUUUUUGGUCUCUUCUUCUACAUGGGAUUCUCAGCCCUUAGGGGACUGCAGUUCUUUGAUAGGUUAAAGAUCAUGUUUAUGCCUGUGAAGCAUCAACCUGAUCUGAUGUUCCUGCGACAAAUUCCUCUCAAGAGAAUCCAUAUCUUUACACUGAUUCAGCUAUUCUGUUUGGCUGUACUGUGGAUCAUCAAAUCCACUGAUGCUGCCUUGAUCUUCCCUGUUAUGGUAUUGAUGUUGGUUGCUGUACGUAAAGUCAUGGAGAAGAUUUUCAACCUCCAUGAACUUGAAGUGUUGGAUGACUUGAUGCCAGAGAGCAUCAAAAAGAAGCAAGCUGAUGAGGCAGCAAAAAAGAAGGAUGAUGACUAUGAUUCUGAUGAGGAUGAAUAUGACGAGGACGGUUUUAAUCAUUGUGAUGAAACUGAUGGCAAAAAGGCCCUCACUGAUGGAAAGGAGUUAAAUGGCACUGCAAAUGUUGUAGCACCAAUGAAUAUCUCAGAGGAGAUGUGCAGGAGCUCACUGUGGAAACAGUUUGUCAAGGAUGGAACAACAGCAAAAAGCAGAAAAGGCAAACCUGGUGACAAAUCCAAGCAUAAACACAAGCACCAUCACAAAAAUAGGCACCAUCGUCAUAAGAGAGAUCGUGAAGGAUCAGCUGACGAAGAGGGACUGUGGAUGCUUGAAAAGAAGAAGGAAAAUGGUGAAGAUGCAGGAAGUGAUGUUGAAAUGGGAAGAAAGCUUUCUACAAUAAAUGAGGACAAGCAAGAUAUUGUUAUUGACAUGGAGGAGAUACAGAAAUCAUUACUUGAGUUGAAUGAAAUUGGCAGCACUGUAGCUGGUGAAGGAGAUGACAAGCAAACUCCUGGUGAUGCGGAAAAUCCUGUUUAGAUUGUUUCUUGCAUGAAUUCUGGCAUUCAUUUAAUGCCAGUAUUGUUGGUCACAUGACAACAUAUUAGUACGCAUACAUGAUUAAAAGGCAGGUUCAAUUGCAUAAAAUGGCACACUUUGAGGUUGAAAUAGACAGCAGCAACCCAAUGUAUUUAAUUAGUAUCUCCAGUAACAGACAUAAGUUGAAGUGCAUGCAUGUUUACAUGGCAACGGUGAAUUUUCAAUUUUAUAAAAUUUUAAAACUCCAGAUUUCUCUUUGGACGUGGCAAUGUUUAUUGACUGCAUUAAUUGAUGAAAAAAAUCUGAUUUUUAAUUGAAGGCUGUAUUCAAACAUAAAGGUGAAAAAGCUGUAUAGGAAAGAGAUCUUUUGAUGUGACAAGUUAUGUGUGGUUAAAAAAAUCCAUAAGAUCUGUUCUAAGAGUUGGAAUUGAAUUAGAACUCCCUGGGAAAUUUAAUUAUCUGUUGAGAAAGAUUUUGACAUUUGGCAAUUUCUUCACAUAAUGAUCUCUGAAUAGAAACGUUUGUCUCAAAAAUUCAUCAGACUUUGUGUGUGGGCUGAAAGAUGAUAUAUAAAUUUAGGUGGAAAACAGCAUCGAGAAUGCUUUGUGGUAAAUCAAACGUUGCCUGUUAAGAUUGCUUGAGAAUUCACGUUCUUUAAAAAAACUAUAAUUAAGGUAGAUAUAGCAGUUAAGAAAAAGGCUUUAUGUGGAGAAUAACUUUAGUUGUUGAUAAGAAUUGUAUUUGGCCGGCUUUUAAGCACAAAUGGUGAGUACUUACAUUGGGUUGUAAGUUAUAUUUAAUAAAUAAGCUGUCAAAGUGGUAAAAUAAAAAGAUAUCCAUAAAACAAAUAAACAAACAAACAAACAAACAAGCCUUUCCAGCAGAGACAACAAACAGUGUUGUGUAGCAGUUUUUGCUGUAACUAAUAAAUUUCAGUAUUUUUGUAUUUUUAGUAAAUAAGGCAUAGCAGAGGCGGGUCCUCUUAAUAAUUGUUUCUAGCUUUUGUCAGUUCAGCCUCUCAAUCAUGGUUUUCUUUCUCUCACAAGACGUCUGUGACAAUGCAAACUCAGACCUCACCCUCAGGCUCAAGCCAUAUUUUUUCACUUUAAGUUUCCCUUCAUUUUGAGAUUUCUUUCAGUUACUCAGGAUAAAAUGACCAAAACUAAUGGUUACUGAAGGAAUUUAUUUUGAAACUUAAGUUAAUGUGAAUUAAAUUUGUGACAAUCUUGUAUUUGUGACUUUCAAUAGAAGGUAUUUAUUCCAGCUUAAUGCUAUAAUUUAAGAGGAACCGUCCAAUUUUGUAACUUUGUAGUAGAAUUUUUUUCUGUGUUUGUGGGCGUACUUUCAAUCUUUUGCAUUUGAUUUUCCAGUCAUGGUGUCCCACUUAAAGUAUGAAUCCUUUUUGACAGUAAUUUACUCUUAAUCAAAUAUUUGCUUUUGUAACUUAAUGUACUGAUUUUUAUGGUUUUCAGUCAGUGAUAACAUCAAUGAAAUUGAUCUUGCAAUUAUGUUCACCUUAUAUUUUAGUAAUAGUACUAAGAGCACUGUAGGCUUAAGCCAUAGAUUUUUGAUAAGUGACAUUUGAGAAUGUUUUAUGCAAGUUGCUCAUGCAGUAAUUAUCAUCCUCUAGGUUAUACCUGAUGUUGUUGAACUUCUCUCUUGGUUCAAAUUUUGUCAUCAUUUGUUGCUGCUUAUAGUAAUGAAUGCAAAUUCAUUUGAACAAAAUACACUUCAUAAAUAGGCUUUGAACCAAGAAUAAAGUUUAACGAUGAUAUACAUUUCACUUCGUCAUUUUGGUUUAAAAUUGUCUUAAUCAGUUGGAAUAGUAAAUGUAUUUUUUUUAUUUUCCUCAAUUUCGGAUGAUCAUAAAACCAAUCUGAUCACUAAAAUUUUAAACCUCCAUGAAUUUUUAACUAUACUAUAGACAAGCUUUAUUCACUACACAUAUUCCAAACUUUUAGAAAUGUAUGUAAAAAGUAUUGUAAUGUCAAAAUAUUUAUUGUAAAAACACAGCAAGUUAAAAUUAGUUUGUAAUUAAUGAGGUUACCUCAACAAAAAUCUGUGUAUUGUGUAAUUCACAAGAUUUAAGUAUGUGAUCAUAAUUGCGUGCAUUUGGGAACCAGUUCAUUGUCUUUUGUUUUCCAGUUGUAAACAACUUAGAGAAUAAUUUUGUCAAGAAGCAACACGAGUUUGACAAAUAAUUUAAAGAAGGUACAAAAUUGCCCGUAAGUGAACGUGAUAUGUCAUUCAAAAGUUUUGUUCAUAACUUAUCUGCUAAACUAUUGUCAAUUUGUGUAAGUGUUUCUGGAAAUCAAAUAAAGUUCACACAUUCACAUGAUAA